AUGGGAAUCCAUGUGGAUGGACUGGUGGCGAUCGCUGUCUUUUACCUUCUCAUCUUAUUUGUUGGGAUUUGGGCGGCUUGGAAAAAUAAAAACUCCGGGGUUGGAGACAGUACAGACCGGAGUGAAUCUAUCAUGGUAGGUGGGAGAGACAUUGGACUGUUUGUCGGUGGAUUUACUAUGACUGCCACCUGGGUUGGUGGUGGAUAUAUCAACGGAACAGCAGAAUAUGUGUAUUUGCCUGGCUAUGGAUUGGCAUGGGCACAGGCACCCUUUGGUUAUGCACUCAGCUUGGUAGUAGGUGGUCUGUUCUUUGCAAAACCGAUGCGAUCCAGAGGAUAUGUGACCAUGCUUGAUCCCUUCCAGCAACUUUAUGGAAAGAGAAUGGGUGGCCUUCUUUUCAUUCCAGCACUGAUGGGAGAGAUUUUCUGGUCUGCAGCAAUUCUAUCAGCCCUCGGUGCCACCUUAAGUGUCAUAGUGGACAUCAACAUCAACAUGUCUGUUAUUAUAUCAGCGCUUAUUGCCAUCUUCUACACAUUGGUCGGUGGGUUGUACUCAGUGGCUUACACAGAUGUGGUUCAGCUCUUCUGCAUUUUCAUAGGACUGUGGAUCAGUGUACCUUUUGCUUUGGCCAACCCUGCAGUGUCAGACAUUGGUGUCACAGCCGUGAAAAAGGUGUUUCAGACUCCCUGGCUGGGCAAAAUCCAUCCUUCAGAUGGCUGGAUGUGGGCGGAUAACUUUUGUCUUCUGAUGCUGGGAGGCAUUCCCUGGCAGGUCUAUUUUCAGCGAGUACUUUCUGCCUCUUCGGCUACUUACGCUCAAGUCCUGUCCUUUCUGGCUGCCUUCGGCUGCCUCAUAAUGGCCAUCCCUUCCAUCCUGAUUGGAGCUAUAGGAGCAUCUACAAACUGGAACCAGACAUCCUAUGGCUUCAUACCUCCAAUAGAGAAAGAUGAAUCAGACAUGAUUUUGCCCAUUGUACUUCAACACCUUUGCCCACCCUUCAUCUCCUUCUUUGGCUUGGGAGCAGUCUCCGCGGCGGUCAUGUCAUCAGCAGAUUCUUCAAUUCUUUCAGCGAGUUCCAUGUUUGCACGCAACAUCUACCAGCUCGCUUUUCGUCAGUCGGCCUCAGAUCGGGAAAUUGUCUGGGUGAUGCGAAUUACGAUCUUCGUGUUUGGUGCUUUAGCUACCGCCAUGGCUCUGCUGACUGGAACUGUAUACGGCCUGUGGUACCUCAGUUCAGACCUCGUCUAUGUAAUCAUCUUUCCCCAGCUUAUAUCCGUGCUUUUCAUCAAGGGUACGAACACCUAUGGUUCGGUAGCCGGCUACGUGUUUGGUUUGCUUUUGAGAAUCGGAGGAGGUGAGCCCUAUCUCAAGCUUCCACCAUUUAUUUACUACCCAGGCUGGUAUGAAGAAGAGAGGGUUCACCAUUUGAGCAAAGAGGUGGAACAUGUUGUGGUGCAGAAGUUCCCCUUUAAGACUGUAGCCAUGCUAGCGUCACUCUUAGGCAACAUUGUCUUCUCCUACAUAGCCAAGUAUCUCUUUGAGAGUGGCACCCUGUCUCCCAAAUAUGACUUUUUGGAUGCUGUGGUUUCCAGGCACAGCAAGGAGAUCAUGGAUAAGACGAUUCUUGUCAGCAAUGACAAUAUCAUCCUGUCUGAAAUGGCCCCAGUAAAACCGAGGACCGGAUCCUCUUUGACAGGACCUUUCAUGACAGUUGAGCAAUUUAGCGAUGAUGGAGAAACCAGUCCAGAAUUGAUUCAUGAACACUAA